GGGUCUUACCGUGCCCAGAGUGCACUCACGCCCCGUAACUUCUUGCCUGCUAAUGCUAAGUGCUAGCAAGUUUGCUUGUUGUCUGCAAUGCCUUCCUUAUCUUGCUAUCAAGUUACUAUAUCGCCUUAAUUUCAAGCCCUGACAAAGCUCAUUGAUACAGCAGCGAAAUUAAUUUCGAGUUGCCACUUUUCUGCUGUUAGAAGUUCUGAGAAAUAGAGAGUGAGUGAGGUCACACCAUAUUGAUUCUUAUGGCCUUAUAAAGUUUUACUGUGUUAAAAUAGGAAAACUAAGUGAUGCCUUGGCUUUGAAAAACAACUUAUUUGCUAAUAUAUUGAUCUAGUGUUUAGUCAUUGAAAAAUUGUUCUCAUCACUUGCAGUGCCUCUCUUCUGGGAGCCACAAAAUUAGCUGGAUAUAAUUCAGUUCAUGGAUUGCUAAUGUCGGUUCAUUACUUCUGGUGGCACAAAGUCUGAACACAAUUUGAUAAUGAACCGUUCCCCCUUCCGUUAUUAAUCUUGUUUCAUGAUUGUAAUGCCCCUGCAUAAAUAUUGUCUGUUGGAUGACAAUUGCCACAAAAAUCUUUCGCUAUUACUUGUUUUCAAAAUAUCAGAGCUCUUAGAAUUGACUACAGUAAUUAAAUUUAGCAUUUUGUUUCCUUGUUCUUUCCAUACCCUCUUCCUUUAACUAAAGGUUGGCUUAAAAAAAGUUGGGGUCCUGUACUGGUAUCAUGUAUAAACUCUGAAGGAUUGCAAUCUAGUGGGUAGCCUCUAUGCAUGAGAAUAGAUUGAAUGCUUACAGCCCUCGCUGGUUCUUUAACUUGUUGCUUAAAAAAAUCCCCUCCUCUGAUGUAGUUUCCUUAGAACCGUAAACCUCAACAUGCAGUGUGACUUUGCCUGUUGUGGGGCAUGGCAGAGAAUGGAUGAAAAACCAAGGUGGAACCUAGCACUGAAGUAGAUCUCUUGCCCUCUGAAAACAUUCAGAGAGUGAAGAGCUGAAGCCUCCCAUGAGCAGGGCUGGCCAGUUCAGUCUGCAGCAAGUCAAAAUGUCAAGAUCAGCUGAAUAAUAAUCAGCAGAUGAAAUGUCAGUGUGGACACCCAAUAUGCAUUUAUCAAUAGAAGGAGAUCAGGUACUGAUACCACACAGUACUGCUUCUCUACUGUGUGUAGAAGUUUUACAAAGGUCAAGGAGUCCAGAGGCAUCAGAUGUCUCUGAAAGCUGUCUUGCUUUGUUGGGAAAGUUGUCACUGGAUAACAGUCACCAAAGAGAAGAAGUGUUUUUAGAAACAGAAGAAGCAGUUACCCAGCCUUUCAGAGAGCAAACACUAAAAGGUGGCCUCAAAAUCAGAUCAAUUUCUUCCUUGAACGGCCCUUAGAUUGAUGAGCCAUCAUUUGAGAUGCUUCCGUUGACUGGAAAAACAAUAAUAUUUGAUAGCUUUCCUGAUCCUUCAGAUACCUGGGAAAUAAUUGAGACUAUUGGCAAAGGAACCUAUGGAAAAGUUUUCAAAGUGUUAAAUAAGAAAAAUGGCAGCAAAGCAGCAGUCAAAAUUUUGGAUCCUGUUCACGAUAUUGAUGAAGAAAUUGAAGCUGAGUACAACAUUUUGAAAGCUCUCUCUGAUCAUCCAAAUGUAGUCAAAUUCUACGGCAUGUACUAUAAGAAAGAUGUGAAAAAUGGAGACCAGCUUUGGCUAGUUCUUGAGCUGUGCAAUGGUGGAUCUGUGACUGAUCUUGUGAAAGGAUUUCUGAAGAGAGGCGAAAGGAUGAAUGAACUUAUAAUUGCCUACAUUUUACGAGAAGCUCUGAUGGGACUUCAGCACUUGCAUGAAAACAAAACUAUCCACCGUGAUAUUAAGGGAAAUAAUAUCCUUUUGACCACUGAAGGAGGAGUCAAGCUUGUGGAUUUUGGUGUGUCUGCUCAGCUGACCAGCACUCGUCUCCGUCGGAACACCUCCGUGGGCACCCCAUUCUGGAUGGCUCCAGAGGUGAUUGCCUGUGAGCAGCAGCUAGAUAGCUCCUACGAUGCUAGGUGUGAUGCAUGGUCACUGGGCAUUACUGCAAUAGAGUUGGGAGAUGGAGAUCCACCCCUUGCUGACUUGCACCCCAUGAGGGCACUCUUCAAAAUACCAAGGAAUCCUCCUCCAACGCUACAGCAGCCUGAACUGUGGUCACCUGAAUUCAACGAUUUCAUUAACAAGUGCUUGACUAAAGAUUAUGAGAAGCGUCCAACAGUAUCUACUCUUUUGCAGCAUGAUUUUAUUAAGCAAAUUGAAGGAAAAGAAAACGUGCUACAAAGGCAACUCAUGGAAUUUAUUGAUGUUCAUCAACAAAUGGGAGUCACUGAAAAGGCAAGAUUUGAACGUAUUCAUACAAAGAAAGGGAACUACAGUAAGUCACUAGUUUCAAGCCAAGAAGAGGUAGAUGAUUUAGCAACCUUGGAGGUACUGGAUGAGAAUACAGUAACAGAACAGCUGCAGAAGGGUUAUGCCAAGGAUCAGAUCUACACAUAUGUUGGGGACAUUCUCAUCGCUGUCAACCCAUUUCGGAACAUAGAUAUUUAUUCUUCACAGCAUUCCAAACUGUACAUUGGAGCCAAACGGACUGCCAACCCUCCUCACAUUUUUGCUGUUGCUGACAUAGGCUAUCAGUCCAUGGUGACAUACAGCUCCGAUCAGUGUAUUGUUAUUUCUGGAGAAAGUGGAGCUGGCAAGACACAAAGUGCUCAUCUGCUGGUUCAGCAGCUCACUGUCCUGGGCAAGGCUAAUAACAGGACUCUGCAGGAGAAGAUUCUCCAGGUGAACAACCUUGUAGAAGCAUUUGGGAAUGCUGGCACUAUCAUCAAUGAUAACUCAAGCAGAUUUGGAAAAUAUUUGGAAAUGAAAUUCACUUGUGGUGGCACUGUAGUAGGAGCUCAGAUUUCAGAGUACCUCCUUGAAAAAUCCAGGGUUGUCCACCAGGCAGUAGGAGAGAAAAAUUUCCAUAUUUUUUAUUAUAUUUAUGCUGGUCUCGCAGAAAAGAAAAAACUGGCACAUUAUAAAUUGCCAGAUUGUAGACCUCCCAGAUAUCUGCAAAAUGAUCAUUUCAGAAUAGUGCAAGAUUUCAUGAACAAUAGCUUUUAUAAGUCUCAGUUUGAAUUAAUAGAACAGUGCUUCAAAGUCAUAGGUUUUACGCUGGAGGAACUUGGAAGUGUGUACAGUGUCCUGGCUGCCAUUUUAAAUGUGGGUAACAUUGAAUUUUCUGCAGUAGUAUCUGAACAUAUGAUUGACAAGAGCAACAUUUCCAAUCCAGUAGCCCUUGAGAAUUGCGCAUCCCUGCUGUGUAUUCAGGCAGAUGAACUGCAAGAGGCCCUCACCUCUCACUGUGUCGUGACUCGAGGAGAAACAAUUAUUCGUCCCAACACUGUGGAAAAAGCCACUGAUGUCAGAGAUGCCAUGGCCAAAGCACUGUAUGGGCGCCUCUUCAGCUGGAUAGUCAAUCGCAUCAACACUUUACUCAAACCUGACAAACAUUUAAGUGAAAAUGAUGAUGGCUUGAACAUUGGAAUUCUUGACAUCUUUGGCUUUGAGAAUUUCAAAAAAAAUUCUUUUGAACAACUGUGUAUCAACAUUGCCAAUGAACAAAUUCAGUUCUACUUCAAUCAACAUGUCUUUGCCUGGGAACAGAAUGAAUACCUUUACGAAGGUGUUGAUGCAAGAGUUAUAGAAUACGAGGACAACAGGCCCCUCCUAGAUAUGUUCCUGCAGAAACCAAUGGGUUUAUUGUCUCUGCUGGAUGAGGAAAGUCGAUUCCCACAAGCAACAGAUCAGACGCUUGUAGAAAAAUUUGAAGAUAAUUUGAAGUCAAAAUACUUUUGGAGACCCAAAAGAGUAGAUCUAACCUUUGGAAUUUAUCAUUAUGCAGGAAAGGUUCUAUAUAAUGCAAGUGGAUUCCUAGCCAAAAAUAGAGAUACUCUGCCAGCUGAUAUUGUGCUGCUACUGCGAUCAUCUGAAAACAACCUGACGCGACAGCUGGUAACCCAUCCUCUCACAAAAACAGGUAACCUGGCACACACCAAAAGCAAAACUACAAUCAGUUACCAAAUGUGGACCUCCCAAAAAUCAAUCAGUCAUACAAAGCUGGAUAUCUUUGUGUUGUGCAAUUCAUAUUCCUUCCGUGAGAAUGAAGCAGGAGAUACUGGACAUCAUCCAAGAGAGACAACCAGCAUGAAAACACAGACAGUCGCUUCUUAUUUUAGAUAUUCUCUGAUGGAUUUGUUAUCCAAAAUGGUUGUUGGCCAGCCUCAUUUUGUCAGAUGCAUCAAGCCAAACAACGACCGGCAGGCAAACAAGUUUGACAAAGAGAAAGUGUUGGUUCAGCUGCGUUACACGGGAAUUCUGGAGACAGCAAGGAUUCGAAGACAGGGUUAUUCGCACCGUAUACUCUUCGCUAACUUCAUAAAACGGUAUUACCUCAUCUGUUACAAAACAAAUGAUGAUCCUCCAGUCAGCCCGGAAACCUGUGCUGCCAUCUUGGAAAAAGCCCACCUUGACAACUGGGUUCUUGGAAAAACUAAAGUAUUCCUCAAGUACUAUCAUGUGGAGCAGCUCAAUUUAAUGCGGAAGGAGACAGUUGACAUGAUUAUUUUGAUUCAAGCUUAUGUCAGAGGGUGGCUGGGUUCCAGAAGAUACAAAAAGAUAAAGGAACAAAGGGAACAAAGUGCUAUUAAAAUACAGUCAGCUUACAGGGGGUUUGUUGCUCGUAAAGAAUACAAAAAUGCAAAACAUAAUAAAAAAGUGGAAGAAUAUAUUACCAAAUUUCAAGCAAUUGCCAGAGGAUACUUACUCAGGAAGAAGAGAAAAGAACUAACUGAAACAAGAAACAAAGCAGCAAUAACAAUUCAGUCUCACUACAGGGGAUAUAAGGAGAGGAAGGUCUUCAAAAGCAGGAGGGAAUCACUUAGAAAGCAAGAAAUUGAAAAUGCAGCAUCCAUUAGCAAGAAGGAAAAUGUUGAAGAACCUCAAGAUCCUGAGGAAAGUCCAACUGAAGUGAAGAGUGCCCUCCCUAGAACAGAAGAAGAAGCAGGUGCCGUAACAGAAGACGAAUUAUCUGCUGUGGAAUUCCUUGAAGCACAGCUGCAGCCAGCUCAAAGUGAUACAGUGGAAGAAGUGGUAGGCGAGGAGACUCAAGAUGAAGCUGAUGCUGUCACUGACAGCAAGUGCUCUGGGUACAGUGUCACAGGGAAUGUAGAGGAGCCACAGCAAACAUCUGCUGAAGGAGAGGCGCCUUCUGUGAAGCAGAACCCGGCAGUAGAAGAGAUUAGUGAAGGUGAAGAACAGGACUCUUUGGAAGAGUUACCCAGAAAAUCUUCUGUCAAAAUCUCAGCUGAAUCUAGACCCCAGCAAGAGCAAGAUAAUCAAGACAUACUCAGUGCAGACUGGGAAAAUCAAGAAUCUACUGUGGUCCAGCCCAGGGCUGACAGGGAUGUGGAAAGAAACCACCUAAAGCGUGAAGCAGGGAUGCCUACAGGAGGUAAAGGAAUCACAAGAAAAGAGUCACUAAGAAGAGGCUCAUGGAAGCAAGCUGAGGCAGAAAAACAAGGUUCAGAAGACAAAGAGAAGGCAGCAGUGGUAAUUCAGAGCAAUUACCGGGGUUACAGAAGGAGGGGACAACUCAGAAAAGAAGGAAAACUACCUUGCAAAAGUCAAGAGAAAACAGUAAAGGAGCCAACAGAAGCAAUACACGUUCAAAAUAACAAUCCCCAAUCAACGAAAGGUAGGGAAAGCAUCCGUACAGAGGUCGAAGACUCUAAGACACUGAAGGGAGACCCAGAGCAAGAGGCUUGUGAUUUGGCAGCCUUUUCACGACAGAUAUCAAAAUUAUCUGAAGAUUACUUAGCAUUGCAGCAAAAACUGAAUGAAAUGAUAUUGUCCCAUCAGCUGAGACCCGUGAUGAUGUCCAAAGAUAAGCAAGCUAAUGGCCGGCUUUCUUCUCAUGUUUGUCAGUCAGUUGUGGCCAAAGUAGAAGACUCUCGCCCAAUGCAGAGGCCCCCCAGAAGGCCACGGAAGCCCAAGACAUUAAAUAAUCCAGAAGACUCCACCUACUACACUCUAAUACAUAAAUCAAUACAAGAUGAAAAACGGAAACCAAGAAAAGAAAGUCUGAGCAAAGUGCUAGAUUUAGAUAUCUACUACCAAGAAAUUUCCUCCACUGACUCCACCUCCAAGGACAGCAGUACUACCACAAGAAGGAAGAGACACCCAAUUGAGCGCAGGACUUCCAUUUUAAGAGCUACCGAGCGGUCGAGGGUUGCAGAAAGACCCCUGGAAGAGAGUAAAGCCGAAGAUAAUCCCUAUGACUACAGACGACUGCUGCGGAAGACCUCACAGCGCCGGCGCCUUAUCUAGCCAUUCUAGCUGCUGCUGCUGUUCCUGCUGCCAUUUGGCUUUUAUUAGCGUAAUUUUUUUUAAUCAUUUUAUACCAUGUGUUUCCUUUUUUUUUUUUUAAUCUUCAAUGUUUCAAGUUUACGUGUGUGUUCAUGUGAAUACGAAUUACUGUGGUUUACAGCCCAACACCAUUGCAAAGGGACACUGUCAGUCACAUAUCAUAUCCUUCCCUAAUACAAAAAUCAGCUUUCUUUUGUGUACCACUGCUACAUCCUAAAAUUAUUAGACAUUAAACAGCUUAAAUCUAGUUUCCUUUCCUCAGUGCAUAUUUCUUUUUUUUCAUUUUAUCAGCCUCAUCCAAUCAAAAUAAUAAUUUACUUUAUAGUUCCCUAGUUAAGCUUUCAAAUACCCAUAUGCACCUUCAGAAAACCUUAGUUAUUGUUUCUAAUAAAUUGUUUUGCAGGGAAAAAAAAUUACAAGAGCAUCAUGGGGGAAUUUCUGCUUUUAGUUUACACUGACUAAAUUUUGGGAUAACCUGUUUGUGGCAAGUGUCCCUCUAAUUAAAAUGAACAUAUACAAUUAAUUGGAUAGCAUACUAUGGCAGUUUAUUUCAUUAUUGACUUUACUGUAAACCUAGUAGCCAGUUUUAAAGGUCAAUAUUGUGUGUAUAAUCUUUAUGUUGGAGAUGUCCAUUUAUGGGAAGUACAUCCAGCCCUCUCCUCUGUCUCUGAGCUUUGUGACUAAGUGAUGAACUUUUAAAUCAUGUUUGCUUUGUUCUCAUUUGUAUUAGACUUUUGGGAAUCUUAAUCUCUGGGGUACCAAGAAAGGAAUAGAAAUACACUCUCUGGUUGAUAGCUGCCGAAAUGUAAUGAUCAUUCUUAAUCAGUUCCACUAGAAAUUAAAUGAAAAUAAAAGCAAUAGCCACGGUGUUCAAAUAUCCCCCUGAUUCCUUUUUCAAAAGACCUUAUUUCAGAGAAACCACACAGAUAAUUGCAGCGCUUCUUUUCAGGAUUCAUAAUUGCAUGUUCCCAGCUGCAAAGCAAGAGAAGGCAAAUUUCACGAUGCCAGCAUAAAGGCCUGAUCCUACUCCAUUCCUCAGCUCUCCUAAAUGUGACAAUUGGCGGCAGCAGUCAGCCACAGGGGCUGGGUUUUGUCUGUUCCCCACGCACAUUUGGCCUUUUCCCCAGAGACAGAUAACCAUUGCUUCCUGAUCUGUAACUAGUUACAAAGCUGUGCACCAGAUUAAAAUGUGCUACAAUGUAAAAUUUGCUAUAAAUUGUUAAAAAUUUGAAAUCCGUUUUAAAGUCGCUUCGUCAUGUAUUAUUAAAACGGUAAAGUAAAUAAAAAUGCACAAAGCAGUGA